AUGUCGCGAGCGAUACGUAGCGUUUUUCAACGACCUUCAAUAAUAAAUCAUACAACUUUACAGACAAGAAUCCUUCGUAAUAACCGUUAUUACACUAAUAAUGCUUUGAAUUCUCAAACGGAAAAGUUAUCCAAAGGAGAAAAGUCUCUCUUUGAUAAGUUACAUUCGAAGUUAAAACCUACUCGAUUAAACGUGGAAGACAUAUCAGGAGGAUGCGGAUCAAUGUACGCAAUCGAAAUUUCUUCAGAAUCGUUUAAGGGACUUUCCGUAAUUAAACAGCAUCGAAUGGUUAAUGAAAUACUGCAAGAUGAUAUAAAGAAAAUGCACGGAAUACGGCUUAAGACAUCAGCAGAUUAG